AUGGCUGUGCCAUCAAUCACCGCAGCAACAUCAUGGUUACAUGCCAUCAGCCAUAUCGUGUUCUGGCAAUUGUUGAUUGGGCUGGCUGCCUUGAGUAUUGCGAGGCCCGCAACGCGCAGUACACUACGAGUAUGUUAUGAGGAACCGUCGACGAAGUAUCUGCCAAUGAUGCUGCAUCAAUAUGCAAACACCUGGGAUCCGUGGGAUUAUUACACCCCUGCUAUGGGAUGUUAG